GGGGGUUACUAAAAGUAAAAACACUGGGUUUGGGCUGGGUUCAGUAACUCUCAUACAAAAUCCAUAAAAACUUUGGGCUGGGCUCAUUCAAAAUCCAUACUUAUUUUAUUACUUUCCUAAUUAAAAAAAAUACACAUAGCACAAGAAAAACCACCGCCCAAGCUUCUCUAGAACCUCUCCAUCGUUCUCACUAUCACUCCCCCCCCCCCCAAAUAUAAACCCUAAUUUUCACAAUCACAGUACCAAAAAAAAAUGGCAGCCGCCGCACCGCCACCGCCACCAACAGCAGCACCGGAACCAAACAUGGUAGCACCACUAAUUUCACCAAUCGGCCACCCAAUGUUCUCCCGGAUCCGUCUGGCAACACCGUCCGAUGUCCCAUUCAUCCACAAACUAAUUCACCAAAUGGCAGUCUUCGAACGUCUCACGCAUCUCUUCUCCGCCACCGAAUCAGGUCUCGCUUCAACACUCUUCACCUCUCGUCCUUUCCAAUCAUUCACAGUCUUCCUCUUAGAAGUCUCUCGUUCUCCAUUUCCAGCAACCAUCACUUCAUCACCAUCUCCCGAUUUCACACCGUUUUUCAAAACACAUAACCUUGAUCUCCCGAUUGAUGAUCCGGAGAGUUACAAUUUCUCGCCGGAUAUGUUGAACGACGUCGUUGUAGCUGGGUUUGUUCUGUUUUUCCCGAAUUACUCUAGCUUUUUGUCCAAGCCUGGUUUUUACAUUGAGGAUAUAUUUGUGAGAGAGCCUUAUAGGAGGAAAGGGUUUGGUAGCAUGUUGUUGACUGCUGUGGCCAAACAAGCGGUGAAGAUGGGUUAUGGAAGAGUGGAAUGGGUUGUUCUUGAUUGGAAUGUUAAUGCUAUCAAGUUUUAUGAGCAGAUGGGUGCUCAGAUUCUGCAGGAGUGGAGAGUUUGUAGACUUACUGGUGAUGCUCUUGAAGCUUUUGAUCAGGUCAACAUCUAGAGAUUGAUGCUGUGUUGCUGAGAGUUAUCGAAUCAGAUCACUUCCUCUUGCUUUUAAAGUUUGUGUUUUUUUUCCUUCUUCUUGUUGUUACUUUAUGCAAGUGUUGGCAUUGAUGAUGAUGAUGAUGAUGAAUUCUCUAUGCUUACUUGUUGGAUACUGAAUGAGAAAAAAGAACCCUUUUGUUGAAUGUAUGAAAUGUUUCGAGUUUUUAAAGUAAGAGUUAUGUAUUUGUGUGAUUCCUCGUCAUAUUUGCUUGACCAAAGUAUUUGUUCUGUGUUAUGGAUUUGAAGAAUUGGUUUUGUGAUCCUAGAGGACAGUGAAUUGGAGAGUACAGAUAAAUUGGUCAAAUGAAGAAAUUGUGAUCAAAUGUAGAAUGGUUAAGUUGCUUGCGAG